GAAUUGCAAUUUGAGGCGCUGCCUGGGCCGGGACAGGGAGUGGGAGGAAGCCGGAGCGCGGGGGGCUGCGCGGGGCCCCGACGGGGACAGAGCCGCGGGGACAGAGCCGCGGGCAGGACGGGGACAGAGCCGCGGGCACCGCGGGGGCGGCCGGAGCCACCAGCCCGGGGGACACAGCCCGGGUGACAAAGCGGGGGCUGCACCGAGGGGUCCCCAGCCCGUGUCCCCCCCCACAGCGGCGGGCAGCGAGGCCAUGGCGAUGCUGCUGGAGCCCGGGAUGCAGAGCCUGCGGAUGGGUGCCAACGGCGAGCGGUGCCCGACACCGUCCCCGCCCGGCUCCCCGGGGACACCCCACGACAGCUGCAGCAUCGCCCCCCUGACGCCGUCCCAGUCACCGCGGAGCGAGGCGCGUUCCCAGCAGGCCCCGUCCUUCUCCGUGGUGGUGGCCAUCGACUUCGGCACCACGUCCAGCGGUUACGCCUUCAGCUUCACCAGCGAUCCCGAGGCCAUCCACAUGAUGAGGAAAUGGGAGGGGGGGGACCCGGGCGUGGCCAACCAGAAGACCCCCACCAGCCUCCUGCUGACCCCGGAGGGGAUAUUCCACAGCUUCGGCUACACCGCCCGCGAUUACUACCACGACCUGGACCCCGAGGAGGCCCGCGAGUGGUUUUACUUCGAGAAGUUUAAGAUGAAGAUCCACAGCACCAGCGAUCUGACCAUGAAAACCGAGCUGGAAGCUGUCAAUGGGAAGAAGAUGCCGGCGCUGGAGGUGUUCGCCCACUCGCUGCGCUUCUUCAAGCAGCACGCGGUGCAGGAGCUGAAGGACCAGUGCCCAUCACUGCCCGAGAACGAUGCCAUCCGCUGGGUCCUCACCGUGCCGGCCAUCUGGAAGCAGCCGGCCAAGCAGUUCAUGCGGGAAGCAGCCUACAAGGCCGGGCUGGUGUCCCCGGAGACGCCGGAGCAGCUGCUGAUCGCGCUGGAGCCCGAGGCCGCCUCCAUUUACUGCCGGAAGCUGCGGCUGCACCAACUGAUCGAGCUGAGCUGCCGGCCCCCGGCCAACGGGGCCGAGCCCCCCCACCCCAUCGACUCCAGCUUCCGGCAGGCCCGGGAGCAGCUCCGGCGAUCCCGGCACAGCCGCACCUUCCUGGUGGAGUCGGGAGUGGGCGAGCUCUGGUCGGAGAUGCAGGCAGGUGACAGGUACAUCGUGGCCGAUUGCGGCGGGGGCACGGUGGAUUUGACCGUGCACCAGAUCGAGAAGCCGCAGGGGACGCUGAAGGAGCUCUACAAAGCCUCGGGAGGUCCCUAUGGGGCUGUGGGCGUGGACCUGGCCUUUGAGAAGCUUCUGUGCCACAUCUUCGGGGACGAUUUCAUUGCCACCUUCAAGGCCAAGCGUCCGGCGGCCUGGGUGGACCUGACCAUCGCCUUCGAGGCGCGGAAGCGCGCGGCCGCCCCGAGCCGCUCCAGCCCCCUCAACAUCUCCCUGCCCUUCUCCUUCAUCGACUUCUACCGCAAACACCGCGGCCACAACGUGGAGACCGCGCUCCGCAAGAGCAAUGUCAACCUGGUGAAGUGGUCAUCCCAAGGGAUGCUGCGGAUGUCCCCCGAGGCCAUGAACGAGCUGUUCCAGCCAACCAUCACCCACAUCAUCCAGCACAUCGACACCCUCCUGAAGAAACCCGAGGUCCACGGCAUCAAAUUCCUGUUCCUGGUGGGCGGCUUCGCCGAGUCGGCCAUGCUGCAGCGGGCGGUGCAGGCCGCCUUCGGCCACUGCUGCCGGGUCAUCGUCCCGCAGGACGUGGGGCUGACCAUCCUCAAAGGGGCCGUGCUCUUCGGCCUGGACCCCGGCGUGGUGCGGGUGCGCCGCUCCCCGCUCACCUACGGCGUGGGCGUCCUCAACAAGUUCGUGGAGGGCAAGCACCCGCGGGAGAAGCUGCUGGUCAAGGAGGGCAAGAACUGGUGCACCGACAUCUUCGAGAAGUUCGUGACCGUGGACCAGUCGGUGGCGUUGGGCGAGGUGGUCCAGCGGAGCUACUGCCCGGCCCGGCCCGGCCAGCGCCGGACCAUCAUCAACAUCUACUGCUGUGACACCGAUGACGUGGUGUACAUCACCGACCCCGGCGUCAGGAAGUGCGGCACCAUCAGCCUGGAGCUGGGGGACACGGGGGACGCGGGCCCGGCGCGGGGCCGGCGUGAGAUCCGCACCAGCAUGCAGUUCGGGGACACCGAGAUCAAGGUGACGGCGCUGGACACGCGCACGGCGCGCAGCGUGAGGGCCACCAUCGACUUCCUGUCCAACUGAGGGGCCCCGGGAUGUGCCACCAUUGACUUCCUGUCCAACGGGGCUUACCCAGGAUCUGCCACCAUCGACUUCCUGUCCAACUGAGGGGCCCCGCGAUGUGCCACCAUUGACUUCCUGUCCAACGGGGCUUACCCAGGAUCUGCCACCAUCGACUUCCUGUCCAACUGAGGGGCCCCGCGAUGUGCCACCAUUGACUUCCUGUCCAACGGGGCUUACCCAGGAUCUGCCACCAUCGACUUCCUGUCCAACUGAGGGGCCCCGCGAUGUGCCACCAUUGACUUCCUGUCCAACUGGGAUUACCCAGGAUGUGCCACCAUCGACUUCCCAUCCAACUGAGAGGCCCCUGUGAUGUGGCACCAUCAACUUCCUGUCCAAUGGAGGGGACCCUGGGACAUGCCACCAUUGUCUUCCUGUGCAACUGAGACUACCCAGGUCUGACUAACUGAGACCUUCCUGGUGACUCCAUUAUUGAAUUAAUCUCCAACUGAGACCCUCUGUCAUCAUGGGGACACCCCAGGACCUGCUACCAUCAACUUCCUGUCCAACUCAGGGGCCCUGGAAAUGCCACCUUGGACUUCCUGUCCAACUGAGACACAAUGCCUUUGUUAUUGUGGGGACACCCCCAGGACCUGCCACCCUGGCCGGGC